AUGUCUAGUGGAUGGAGGCCUGAUGAUGUUGCUGUUGUGCAGCUGGCAACACUACUGAAAAGUUGUAUGUCACCUAACCAUGAUGAAAGAACUGUUGCCAUGGAUUCCUUACAACAGUUUCAACAUCAGCCUGAAUUCUUUAAUUACCUUUGCUACAUACUGAUUGAAGGUGAAGCAAGUGAAGUUUUAAAGAGCAACUUCAACGCUGCUGAUUUACAGAAUAACAGAGCUACCGCUGGUAUGCUACUGAAGAAUUCUAUGCUUGAGAAAGGUGGUUUUGGUAAAGGUGAUCAUGAUUUGGAUUAUGUUAAAUCUAAUAUUGUACACGGUCUAUAUGACAACAAUCUUCUGGUAUCAAAUGUGACAGGUAUUGUCAUAACUACUUUAUUUUCAACUUAUUACAGACAACACCGUGAAGAUGAAACUGGUAUAAAUUUGCUAUCCCAACUUCUAGAAUUAGUUUCAAAUAAUAAUGAAGCGAGUGUUAAGGCGCUGUCAAAGAUUAUGGAAGAUAGUGCCCAAUUUUUUCAACUUGAAUGGGCUGGUAAUGUUAAGCCAAUACAGUCAUUGAUAACAAGUUUCCUCGGCUUUAUAUCAGAUGUUAAUAUGAGCAAUACUAUUAAGGCAGAAUCCAUUAAAUGUAUUAAUACAAUAAUUCCACUACAAACUCAAAGUUUUACUGUAAAAAUAGACGAGUUUUUGUCUUCAGUAUUUCAUCUGGCUCAAACAAAUGAAGACGAUGAGGUUAGAACCCAGAUUUGUAUAUCUUUCUCUAGUUUGUUAGAAUUUAGACCUGACAAACUUGCUGAUAAUUUUAAUGGAAUUGUUCAAUUCAUGUUGCAUAUUAUUGGGACUGUGCACGAAGAAAAAGUUGCCAUUGAGGCAUGUGAAUUUUUGCAUGCAUUUGCUACAAAUAACAAUAUUCCGGAACAUCUUGUCCAACCUUUUGUUCCUGACAUUGUACCUGUUCUUCUAGCUAAAAUGGUAUAUAAUGAGGACACUAUCCUUUUACUUGAGAGUUCUAACGAUGAAGAUGCCAAUGAAGAUGACAAAGACGAAGACAUAAAGCCAAUUGCCCCAAGAAUUGUGAAGAAAAAUGACAAGACAGACUCACAAGGUAACAAUGUUGCUGACGAUGAUGAGGAAGACGAUGACGAUGAUGGUGACGAUGAUGUGGAUACACAAUGGACACUCAGAAAAUGUUCUGCGUCUACCCUUGAUGUUUUAACAAAUAUUCUUCCGCACGCAGUAUUAGAAAUUGCUUUUCCUUAUCUGAAAGAGCACCUAACAUCAGAUAAAUGGUAUAUCAGAGAGGCGACUGUAUUGGCACUGGGGGCAAUGGCUGAUGGUGGUAUGAAUUACUUUAAUAAUGAGCUACCAAUUUUAAUUCCCUUUUUAGUAGAACAACUGAAAGACCAUUGGGCUCCUGUAAGAAAAAUUACAUGUUGGACAUUGAGCAGAUUUUCUCCAUGGAUCAUUAAGGAUAAUGUACAGUUUUUGGUUCCUGUGAUGGAACCAAUUAUUGUAACAUUGAUGGAUCGAAAGAAGGAUGUACAAGAAGCUGCAAUUAGUAGUAUUGCAACUUUCAUUGAAAAUUGUGAUCCAGAGUUAAUUGAAACCAUCUUGUAUACGGAAUUGCUUGAGAACUUUGAUAAAUGUUUUAGAUUUUACAAAAAGAGGAACCUAAUCAUCCUAUAUGAUGCUGUUGGAAGAUUUGCUGAUAAAUGUGAAUUGGAUGAUAGAGCGAUGCAAAUUAUCUUACCACAUUUAAUUCAAAAAUGGGAAUCUCUUGGCGAUAGUGAUAAAGAAUUAUGGCCAUUGCUAGAGUGUUUAUCUUGUGUUGCAUCUUCAUUAGGGGAAAAAUUUGCACCAAUGGCACCUGAAGUAUACUCUAGGGCUUAUAGAAUUUUAUUCAACUGUAUCGAUAUCGAGAAGAGAUCACAAAACGAUCCCUCAAUUACAGUACCAGAAAAGGACUUCAUCAUCACAUCUAUAGAUUUGAUUGAUGGUAUAGUACAGGGUCUUGGUGAACAUUCUCAAAUGCUACUAUUUCCAAACGAUGGACAAUAUCAACUACUUGAUAUAAUGUUGGAAUGUCUACAAGACGUAACCCACGAAGUGCGGCAGAGUACUUAUGCCUUGCUUGGUGAUAUUGUCUAUUUUUACAAGCCAGAUAUUGUCAUAUCUAAGCUUUCAGAAUUUCUGAAAUUGAUUAAUAUGGAACUUGUUCUAAACUCUAGUGAAGAAGAUACAAGUGGAAUUCCUGCGUUAAUAAAUGCUAUUUGGGCCUUGGGUCUGAUUAGCGAGAGAAUAGAUUUGUCAAGUUGUAUUGUUGAGAUGUCGAAAGCUUUGCUUGAUUUAUUCAUUGGAUCCAAAAUUAUUGAUGAAGCUGUAAUUGAAAAUCUGGCAAUUACAAUUGGUAGGUUUGGUUUAACCCAUCCUGAAGUGUUCUGUAAUUCAAUGUUUGCUACCGAUGAGGCAUUGCGUAAGUGGUGUGAAAUUUCCAUGAAGAUUGAGAACGAUGAAGAGAAAAACUAUGCUUACAUGGGAUUCACCAAAAUCGUGAAUAUUUUAGAUAAUGGAAACUUGAUGAGCCCUGCAACUGUACACAAAUAUAUUAAGGGCUUGAUGGUAAACGUUGACUUUCAACCGUUUGUCAAUGAUUUAUUUGACUUCUUCAUUAGACACUCAAAUCAAAUUAAUAAUUUACACUUGAAGGAUGAUGAAAUAGCGUUUUUGAAACAAUUCAGUUAA